AUCGCACUGCGGAUAUUUUGGGAAGAAAAGUGAACGAAUUUGGAUAAAGGAAUAGCUCAGACGUUACAGUUUGAAGGACAAAUGAACGCAGCAAUGGCUUUGACGACUCUGACCAGCUGCUCAUUUCCUUUGCAUUCACCUAGGAUUGAAGUGAAAGCUGAGAAUUCAUGGAGUUCAAUCGUCUCUAUUAGGUCACAGAAGAGGUCACAGUCGCAAAAUGGUGAUCUUCAUGGUCGACGGCGAGUAUGGAGGCGAAGAAAAUUGACGAAGAAGGAUGACAUGCUGCAGUACAAAUUGGAACGGGUUCCUUUCCUUGAGGAGCAGGUGAGGAAGAUAAGGGACGGGGGAAAGCUCUUGACCAUGGAUAUACACAGACUAUUGCUGUCGGAGGAUAACCGAUUUGAUUUUGUGAAUGAAGUGGCAGCCGAGGCAAAAGAAUAUGUCGAGAACAAUAGAGACGAGUAUGGUGCAAAGAAAGCCAUCCUUCAUGUGCUGAGCAAUCGUAUAAAUGAUGCUGGGUUUUAUCGCCCAGAGGCAUACUUGGAAGCUGACCCCUUCAAGCCUGGUCCUGGAUAUCUAAGAGAAGAACUUUGAAAGGUCAUGUAUAAUUUUGUAAUGUAAAACUAUUUUUUUUUUUUUUUUUUUCUGAUUGGAAUAGAAACAUAACAUUCAUGUAGCCAACCCAGGUGGUUGGAGAAAAAAAAGCUUUCUAGCUUUUUUUGAAAAAGUAUUUGCAUGAAAUAAAUAUUGAGGUUGGAUUGAUUUGCCAACCAACA